AUGGUUCUCUUGCCGAUUCUUGGCUACAUCACGGACAAAGGAUCCAAUCCAAAGCUGAGGAAGAUGCUUGCCUUGUAUGUAGCUAUGGCUGGUUUCCUGUGCGGGCUUGGACUUCUGAUAGCCUGCGGAUUCGUCAAGCUGGCCUCACAAGGCUUCCCCUCGACCAACAACAUCACAGGGUUGCCAAACAUGACAGUUUCAACAGAACCAACAUUCGAAGUCCCUGGUAACUUCUCAGGCAACAGUUGGGUAUCCUCACUGAAUGCAGAAGCAACAACAGCCAAGAGUUCAGAGGUCGGGCAACACUCUGACAUACCAGCAACCGCCUUUAUGUCUAUCACCGGUUUUGCUUUGAUUGACAUCGGCUUUGACAUGAGUGUCUCUCUCACCAGAGCCUUCAUCCUAGAGAAUACCCCGACCUUUCAGCACACCAGACUCUUAGUCUUGGCAACAGUGGUAGCUUCCAUGGCAGGCACCACUUUUUCUAUCAUUGGCUGCUUUGAUUUCCCUCGGAUCCUUGGUCCGAUAUUUCAGGUGGAGGGUGUUGCCGCGGCGCUGAUUUUCUUCUGUAGUUUACUGAUCACCACCACGAUCAUCGGCUACAGCUGUACCACGAUCACUGGCAUCCUCAUCAGCAGGCAACCACAAGCUUCAGACACCACCAGCGAUCAUCGAACGGCAUCGUUUCACCAGUCUCAACAAUCUAGGGACCCAGGAACCCCAAGAGUAUCUAGAAGAAGAAUCAGAGGAAGAUCCCAGAGCCAGCUUCAGAAGCUGCGAGAAGACAGACCCUAUGUCCCAGACAUACUUCACACCGAGCAGGGAGAUACUUCGACACGUCCACUUCUGCUAGAGGACAGCACUAAAGGUUACAACUACUCAGCCAUCUCCAACGGUUCAGCCGUGCUGUACUCAAUCAAGGAUAUGGUCGACGGAAGUUCAUCUGAUACAGAAGUGGCUACAAAUAACGCUCUUCGAACCUCUUCAAUGGACGACGUCUCCCAGACAGAACCUGACAAUAAGGACAAGGUGGACACCCAGGACAAUAAAGUCGAUGAUGUAUCAGAUACGGAGGAUGCAGUCAUGCCGCUCUACGAGCAGCAGCAUGUUGAUAGCAACGUGUCGGCAGUGCUGGCAGCCAUCAGACAGUCCUACUCCAUGUCAAUGUCGGUGAUGCAAUCGCCGCUAGGAGACUUCCAUAACAGGAAACUGCAGCAGCUACAAGAGAAGAGACCCACAGGACAGGGCACUGAUAGCAAAGCUCGCUUGAAAACUCGACUUGCAAUUCUCACCGUGUCGUCAUUCUUCACCGUUGGCAGUAGUCUGGGCUUUAUCGUCUACGUGUCCAACACGCUGACAGUUGGCAUAUUUCACGGGGAUCCCACGGCCGCAGUUGGUACUGAGGGCUACCAGCUCUACGAGAAGGGGCUUCAAACUGCUGCUCUUGGCAACCUGGUCCUCUACUCUGCUUACAUGCUGGUCAGCCUCAACAACACCAAGAUCAUUGACCUGAUCGGUGAGAAGCUCCAGUUCGUCCUGUGCCACGUUUUCCUGAUUGUGUCUCUGCUAGCGGUCAUCCUGACCCAGCGCCUGGAGGCCUAUUAUGUCUUCAUGGUUUUCUGUGGCGCCUUCAGGACUUGCGCCUUCACUCUCCCGUUUGUCUUGGCUAACAAGUUCACCCAGGAGGAGAAUGACAACAGCAGCAAAGGUCAGCCAUCGAGAAACCUGGGCAAGGUGAUGACACUGAUAGGCUUCCUGAUGCCAACUCACUUCAUUCUGAUGUCCUCGUUUAUGGGCCCCCUGAUGGAUGCCACCAGCAAUGUCUGGGUGCCUCUUAUCUACAGUCUGGGCUCCUGCACCGUGUCUCUCAUCAUCUUCUCCUCGUUGUUCUUCAUCAAGACCUAG